ACCCCGGCCCGGCCCGCCAUGUCCAAGCGGCUGCGGAGCAGCGACGUCUGCGCGGAUUGCAGCGCUGCGGAGCCGAGCUGGGCCUCCGUCAACCGCGGCGUCCUGCUGUGCGAUGAGUGCUGCAGCGUCCACCGCAGCCUCGGCCGCCACAUCUCCCAGGUGCGGCACCUGAAGCACACCGCCUGGCCCGCCACGCUGCUGCAGAUGGUGGAAACCUUGUAUAACAAUGGCGCCAAUUCCAUUUGGGAGCAUUCGCUGCUGGACCCAGCCUCGGUCAUGAGCGGACGGCGCAAAGCAAACCCUCAGGACAAAGUGCACCCCAACAAGGCAGAAUUCAUUCGGGCAAAAUAUCAGAUGUUGGCCUUUGUUCAUCGCUUGCCGUGCCGGGAUGACGACAGUGUGACUGCCAAGGACCUCAGCAAGCAACUCCACUCCAGUGUCAGGACUGGCAACUUGGAGACCUGUUUGAGGCUUCUCUCGUUGGGAGCACAGGCCAACUUCUUCCACCCGGAGAAAGGGAACUCCCCGCUUCACGUUGCUGCCAAGACUGGGCAGAUUUUGCAAGCUGAGUUGUUGGCUGUGUAUGGAGCUGAUCCUGGCACCCCAGACUCCUGUGGGAAGACACCGGUGGAUUAUGCAAGGCAAGGAGGCCACCAUGAGCUGGCCGAGCGCCUGGUGGAAAUACAGUAUGAGCUCACCGAUCGGCUGGCCUUCUACCUCUGUGGCAGAAAACCAGAUCACAAAGGCCGGCAGCAUUUCAUUAUACCUCAGAUGGCAGACAGCAGCUUAGAUGUCUCGGCGCUGGCCAAAGCAGCCAAGAAGAAGCUUCAGUUGUUGACCAAUCACCUGUUUGAAGAGCUGGCCAUGGACGUCUACGACGAGGUGGACAGGCGGGAGACAGACGCAGUGUGGCUUGCGACCCAGAACCACAGCACACUGGUCACCGAGACAACUGUGGUCCCUUUCCUUCCUGUCAAUCCGGAGUACUCCUCAACAAGGAACCAGGGAAGGCAGAAGCUGGCCCGCUUCAACGCCCACGAGUUUGCCACGCUGGUCAUUGACAUCCUGGGGGAUGCCAAGCGAAGGCAGCAGGGGAACCCUGUUCCAAGUGCCACAGAAAAUGUGGAGCUGAUCCUCAAGUCAGUCAACUGCCAGCACGGUCCAGAGGCCGACCAGCCUGACUACGACAGCGUAGCCUCCGACGAAGAAGGCGAUCUGGAAAGCAGCUCAGGGAAGGCCUCUCGGCAGAAGAGCCUGGACUCUGACUUGUCUGACGGCCCCAUCACUGCCCAGGAAUACCUGCAGGUGAAAAACGCCCUGGUGGCCUCGGAGGCGAAAAUCCAGCAGCUUUUGAAGGUGAACGUCAACUUGAGCGAUGAGCUGAGGACCAUGCAGAAGAAGCUUCAGACCCUGCAGAGCGAAAACUCGAGCCUCCGACGGCAGGCCGCCCCCAACCCCUACCCGGCUCCGGCUGGCUCCGAGUACGCGGACAGGCCCUCCGUGCGCCGGCCCUCCGUGCGCAGCAGCCGGCCCAUGUCGAUGUACGAGACGGGGUCCGCCCAGAAGCCCUACCUGCCCCUGGCCGAAACCUCUUGCCCCGAGGAGUACACCACGCCCCGGCUCCAGCUCUUCCACAUGUCCCGACUGGAGAAACAGAGCAGCUUGCCCGAGGGGGAUUACGACAACACCGCCCCUGGCCUGGAGCUGGACGAGACAGGGCUCAUCAGGAAGGCAAGGCAGCGGAGCGGCCUUGGGCCAGAGGGCAAGGACCCCGAGGCCCACCCCAGCCCUGGCUUCCCCAGCACCGAGGAUGUGAUUCGGAAGACCGAGCAGAUCACCAAGAACAUCCAGGAGCUGCUGCGGGCGGCUCAGGAGAGCAAGCACGAGAGCUACGUUCCCUGCUCGGAGAGGAUUCAUCUGGCGGUCACUGAGAUGGCAGCCCUCUUUCCGAAAAAGCCGCCAUCGGAGCUGGUGCGCACCCCUCUGCGUCUGCUGACCUCCAGCGCCUUCCGCCUGCAUUCCGAGUGCGCGAAGGCCCUCCCGCCCGAGUCUUGCUCCACGGCCGACGUCCAGCUGGUCACCCAGCAGGUCAUCCAGUGCGCCUACGACAUUGCCAAGGCUGCCAAGCAGCUGGUCACCAUCACAACCAAAGAGAACGCCAACUGAGCGGGCUCCGUCCAGCACAGCUUCUGCUGU